CGCGUUCGGUUUCCGGCGAGGGCCGGGCUGCUUGGUGCCAUGUGGGUACUGCGGUGACGAGUUUUCCAGACCUGCCCGAAUUCCGAGCUCCGGCCUGAGUUUAGGAAUCCGCUCGUGCUAAAGAUGACGUCCUUAGCCCAGCAGCUCCAGCGACUUGCCCUCCCUCAGAGCGACCCCAGCCUCUUAUCCAGACAUGAGGUUGCGUCUUUGUUGUUUGACCCCAAGGAAGCGGCCACCAUCGACAGGGACACCGCUUUUGCCAUUGGGUGCACUGGUCUGGAGGAGCUGCUUGGAAUCGAUCCUGCCUUCGAGCAGUUUGAAGCACCGCUGUUCAGCCAGCUAGCAAAAACCUUGGAGCGCAGCGUUCAGACCAAAGCAGUGAACAAGCAGCUGGAUGAAAACAUUUCAUUAUUCCUCACUCACUUGUCCCCCUACUUCCUGCUUAAGCCAGCGCAGAAGUGUCUGGAAUGGUUGAUUCACAGGUUCCAUAUCCACCUUUACAAUCAGGAUAGCCUCAUCGCCUGUGUUCUGCCAUACCACGAGACAAGAAUAUUUGUGCGAGUGAUACAGCUUCUAAAAAUUAAUAAUCCAAAACACAAAUGGUUCUGGUUGUUUCCAGUGAAGCAAUCUGGAGUACCCUUAGCUCGAGGAACAUUGGUUACCCAUUGCUACAAAGACCUGGGGUUCAUGGAUUUUAUCUGUAGUUUGGUGACCAGUUCUGUGAAGGCUUUUGCUGAGUACCCGGGAAGCUCAGCUCAGCUCAGGGUGCUUUUGGCUUUUUAUGCUUCCACCAUUGUGUCUGCUCUUGUGGCUGCUGAAGACGUGUCAGACAGCAUUGUGGCCAAACUAUUCCCAUAUAUCCAAAAGGGAUUGAAAUCAUCUUUACUGGAUUACAGAGCUGCCACAUACAUGAUAAUCUGUCAGAUUUCUGUGAAAGUGACAAUGGAAGAAACCUUUGUUAACUCACUAGCAUCACAGAUCAUCAGAACGUUGACUAACGUUCCCUCUUUGAUCAAGGAUGGAUUGGGUUGCUUGAUAAUUCUCCUGCAGAGACAGAAGCCAGAAAGCCUCGGGAAAAAGCCAUUUCCUCACUUGUGUAGCGUUCCCAGCCUCAUUGACUUACUUCAUGGGAUUUCCGAGACGCACGACAUCACUCCUCUUCUGCGAUACAUGCUUCCCCAUCUGGUAGUCGCCAUCGUUCACCAUGUUACAGAAGAAGAAACUGAAGAAUUAGAUGGUCAAGUCUAUAAGAAACACUUAGAAGCCAUUCUUAGGAAAAUACCACUGAAGAACAACUUGGACCAUUUGCUGGCUAGCCUUCUUUUUGAAGAGUAUAUUUCAUAUUGUUCACAGGAAGAAAUUGAUCCUAACAAAGUAUCUUUGCUUAAUGAACAAUUCCUUCCACUCAUCAGACUUUUAGAAAGCAAAUACCCCAGAACAUUAGACGUUGUAUUAGAGGAACAUCUGAAAGAAAUUACAGAUCUGAAAAAGCAGGAGCUUUUUCACCACUUUAUUUCUCUUUCUACAAGUGGAGGAAAGUACCAGUUUUUAGCAGAUUCCAAUACCUCCUUGAUGCUCAGUCUGAAUCAUCCCCUGGCUCCCGUGAGACUUUUGGCUAUUAAUCAUCUGAAAAAUAUCAUGAAAACAUCAAAGGACUGCAUUGAUGAGUCUUUCAUAAAAGAAGCUGUUUUGGCUCGAUUAGGCGAUGAUAAUCUAGAUGUUGUUUUGUCUGCUGUAAGUGCUUUUAAGAUUUUCCAACAACACUUUAGUGCAGAAGUGACUGUUUCACAUCUUCUGAAGCUCUUCCAAAGAGCAGAACUUUCAAAGAACAGAGGAUGGUACAGGGUACUUGAGAUAGCAGCAAGUAUAUUAAUUAAAAAAGAGAUACUGAGUGCAAGCCGUCAGUUGUCAAAUCAGGUGGUUAUACAUUUGCUGCCUUUUAUGGUUAUUACUAAUGAUGAUAUGGAAUCGGCUGAGAUGGAAAUUGCUAUAUAUCUGUCAAAAUCAGGAAUUUGCUCUCUGCACCCUCUACUGAAAGGCUGGAAGGAAGCACUUGAAAAUGUGAUUAAAAGCACAAAGUCGGGAAAGCUAAUUGGUAUAGCAAAUCAGAAGAUGAUUGCAUUGUUGGCUGACAAUAUCCGUUCAGAAGAUCCUUCUUCAAUGUUGAAGAUGGUGGAAGAUUUAAUAAGUGCUGCUGAAAAGGAGUCCUUUAACCUGAAGCAGAAAGUGACAUUUCACGUGAUUAUGUCUGUGCUAACCUCUUGCUGUACAUCUUCAAGAGAAACUCAUUUUCCAUUUGCAGUAAGAGUCUUCAGUUUGUUGCAGAAAACAGUGAAGAAGCUGGAAAGUGUCAUCACUGCUGUGGAAAUCCCCUCAGAGUGGCACCUGGAGCUGAUGUUAGACAGAGGUUUACCACAGGAGCUGUGGGCACAUUACAUAGAACAGCUCCAGAGUGCCCAGAGGGUUGCUGUGGAGGACUCAGUUCUGCUUGUAUUCUCCCUGAAAGUUUUUAUCUUUGCACUGAAGGCUCCUAAGUCUUUUCCUAAAGAUGACACAUGGUGGAAUCCCGAGCAGUUAGCAGAGGACGGGAAGCACUACCUGCACCUGCUCAUUGGCCUCUUUGAGAUGGUCCUCAUGGGUGCCGAUGCUGCUCACUUCAGGGUUCUGAUGAAACUUCUCAUACAGGUACAUCUAGGAGAUGUGUUUCAGUUAUUCAAGUUCUUUUCUGUGCUGUGGACCUAUGGUUCUAGCCUUUCAAAUCCAUUGAACUGCAGUGUCACGGCAGUGCUGCAGACUCAGGCUCUUUACAUCAGCUCUGCGAUGCUCCAUUCUCAGAAGGCACAGUGUAAACAGCAGCUGGCGUCCACGUCGUCUCCAGUGGUGGUAUCUCUACUUGUUAAUCUGGGAAGCCACAUAAAAGAAGUACGCAGGGCUUCCAUACAGUGCCUCCAGGCCCUUAGUGGAGUGACAUCGCAGUUUCACCUGGUGAUAGAUCACCUGGUUCCGAAAGCAGAGGAGAUCAUCUCAGAUACCACCUAUGUCGUUCAGGAUUUGGCUACUUUAUUUGGUGAACUGCAGAAAGAAAAGAAACAGAAAUCUCAUCAGAAGUUGUCUGAAACUUUGAAAAACCUACUUUAUUGUGUAUAUGGUUGUCCAUCAUAUAUUGCAAAAGAUUUGGUGAAAAUAUUUCAGGAGGUCAACAGUGAGCUGGUGCUUUCUCAGCUGUUGCCUAUGGUGGAACAAUUACUAGAAAAGAUUGAGAAGAAGCCCACAGCUGUCCUGAAAGAUGAAGCCAUUGUUUUGCAUCUCACUCUGGGGAAGUACAAUGAAUAUUCAGCUUCACUUUUACAUAAGGACCCAAAGAGUCUAGACACGUUUAUAAAAGCUGUGCACACAACAAAGGAGCUUCACCUAGGAAUGCCAACUGUUCAAAUCAUUGCCCUCGAAAAGAUGACGAAGCCAUUUUUUGCAGCAAUACCAGAUGGAAAGGUGCAGCAGAAGCUUCUGUGCAUGUUGUUUGACUUACUGGUGAAUUGUAAAAGCUCACACUGUGCUCAGACUGUUAGCAGUGUUUUCAAAGGGAUUUCUGUUAAUGCUGAACAAGUCAGAAUAGAACUGGAGCCACCAGAUAAAGCUAAAUCUUUGGGCACGAUUCAGCAAACAAGAAGACAGAAAAUGCAGCAGAAAAAAUCACAAGAUAUAGAAUCUGUUCAGGAAGUUGGAUGUUCUUACUGGCAGAGAGUAACACUCAUCCUAGAAUUACUGCAGCACAAGAAGAAGCUCAAAAGCCCUCAGAUACUGAUUCCAACUCUCUUCAACCUCCUGUCAAGGUGUUUAGAACCUUUAUCACCAGAGCAGGAGAACAUGGAAUACACCAAGCAGUUAAUUCUUAGUUGUCUGCUCAACAUCUGCCAGAAACUCUCCCCAGAUGGUGGCAGAAUACCUAAAGAUGUUGUGGACGAGGAGAAGUUCAACGUUGAGUUGAUAGUUCAGUGCAUCCGCCUUUCAGAGAUGCCACAGACCCACCACCAGGCCCUUUUACUCUUAGGUACGGUUGCUGGAAUAUUCCCGGAUAAAGUUCUACACAAUAUCAUGUCUAUUUUUACAUUUAUGGGAGCCAAUGUCAUGCGCCUAGAUGACACUUACAGUUUCCAAGUUAUUAGUAAGACAGUGAAAAUGGUCAUUCCAGCACUUAUCCAGUCUGACAGUGGUGACUCCAUAGAAGUCACAAGAAAUGUUGAAGCAGUUGUGGUGAGAAUCAUGGGCGUGUUUGUGGACGCGCUGCCACAUGUUCCAGAACACAGACGUCUGCCCAUCCUUGUUCAGCUUGUUGACACGCUAGGUGCAGAAAAGUUCCUCUGGGUUCUGCUCGGCUUGCUUUUUGAACAGUACGUCACUAAAACAGUGCUGGUGGCUGCCUGUGGAGAAAAGGAUGCUAUUUUAGAGGCAGAUACUGAAUUUUGGAUUUCAGUGUGUUGUGAAUUCAGUGUCCAGCAUCAGAUACAAAGCUUGAUGAAUAUCCUCCAGUACUUAGUAAAGUUGCCAGAGGAAAAAGAAGAAUCCACUCCCAAGGCAGGAUCUGAUAAGAAUGAGACCCAUGAAGAAAUGCUACAGAUUUUCAGCGUAGACACUCACACUAGCAAGCAACUGCGGCACUUCAAGUUUCUGUCAGUGUCCUUCAUGGCCCAGCUUCUGGCUUCCAAUAAUUUCCUCAAAAAGGUGCUUGAAAGUGGAGGUCCUAAGAUUUUAGAGGGCCUUGAGCAAAGGUUGCUUGAAACAGUUCUUGGCUAUAUCAACACUGUAGCACAGUCCAUGGAAAAAAAUGCAGACAAACUGACUGUGAAGUUCUGGCGAGCACUCCUGAGCAAAGCUUAUGACGUGCUAGAUAAGGUCAAUGCCUUGCUGCCCACAGAAACGUUCAUUACUGUGGUUAAAGGGCUGGUGAGCAAUCCCCUGCCAUCCGUUCGCCGGAAGGCACUGGAUCUUCUGAAUAACAAGCUACAGCAGAAUACCUCCUGGAAGAAGAGGAUGGUUUACCGUUUCCUAAAAUUGGUUCCAGUUCUUCUGGCCAUCGUGCAGCAGAAGAAAAAGGAGGUGGAAGAAGAACAAGCAAUAAAUAGACAGACAGCUUUGUAUACCCUAAAGCUUUUAUGCAAGAAUUUUGGUGCAGAAAAUCGAGAGCGCUUUGUGCCGGUGCUGAACACAGCAGUGGACCUGAUUGCUCCAGAGAGAAAGGAGGAGAAGAAUGUUCUGGGAAGUGCCCUGCUGUGCAUAGCAGAGGUGGCCUCUACCCUGGAAGCGCUGGCCAUCCCUCAGCUUCCCAGCCUGAUGCCAUCACUGCUGGCAGCGGUGAAGAGCACCAGCGAGCCAGUCCACAGUGAGGUCUGUCUUCUUAGCGCCUUGGCCGCCCUGCACAAGGUUGUUGAGACGCUGCUGCACUUCAUCAGCCCCUACCUGGAAGGUGUUCUGUCUCAGGUAAUUCAUCUAGAGAAAAUCACUAGUGGAAUGGGUUCCACCUCACAGGGCAGCAUCCGUCUCACAUCGCUCAAAAAGACCCUGGCCACCCAGCUCUCACCCCGAGUCUUACUGCCAGCCAUAAGCAAAACUUACAAGCAGAUUAAGAGGAACUGGAAGAAUUACAUGGGCCCAUUCAUGAGCAUCUUGCAAGAGCACAUUGCGAUGAUGAAGAAGGAAGAGCUCCUAUCUCACCAGUCUCAGCUGACCACCUUUUUCUUGGAGGCCCUGGAUUUCCGGUCGCAGCAUUCAGAGGAUGACCUGGAGGAAGUUGGGAAAACAGAGAGCUAUGUUAUUGCCUGCCUGGUGGCCAUGGUUGUGAAGCUCUCUGAGGCCACGUUCAGACCACUCUUCUUCAAGCUGUUUGAUUGGGCCAAAACAGAAGAUGCCCCAAAGGACAGACUGCUGACAUUUUACAACCUGGCUGACUGCAUUGCUGAGAAACUAAAAGGCCUUUUCACUCUGUUUGCUGGCCACUUGGUGAAGCCUUUUGCGGACACCUUGAACCAGGUGAACGUCACCAAAACAGAUGAAGCAUUUUUUGACUCUGAAUAUGACCCUGAAAAGUGCUGCUUGCUGUUGCAGUUUGUUCUGAGCUGUUUAUAUAAGAUCUUCCUCUACGACACGCAGCACUUUCUGAGCAAGGAGCGAGCAGAAGCCUUGAUGAUGCCUCUGGUGGACCAGCUGGAAAACAGGCUUGGUGGAGAAGAGAGGUUCCAAGAGCGGGUGACAAGGCACCUGAUCCCCUGCAUCGCACAGUUCUCUGUUGCUAUGGCAGAUGACUCUCUGUGGAAACCCCUGAACUACCAGAUUCUACUGAAGACCCGAGACUCCUCACCCAAGGUGCGGUUUGCAGCCUUGAUUACUGUGUUAGCACUGGCUGAAAAACUGAAGGAGAAUUACAUUGUCCUGCUACCAGAAUCCAUUCCUUUCCUAGCAGAAUUGAUGGAAGAUGAAUGUGAAGAAGUUGAGCAUCAGUGCCAAAAGACCAUUCAGCAACUGGAGGCCACGCUCGGGGAGCCGCUGCAGAGCUACUUCUGAAGCCUGCUUUGUUGAGCAGGCUUUUUUACCUUUAUAUUUUCAUUUGGGGUGUUUGGUGCCAUGUUACUUUUGGUGCUUUCACACCUGCAGAUAUUUAAUGACUUCUUCAGAAUCCCCGCCUGGUCUGGGCUGUCACAGAAGCAUCUCCUGCCAUUUUGUACAAAAUUGCUAAAGAUUAAAUGAGAUGUCUUUAACACAGACUGUGUUUGUCGCUCCUUGGGCGUGAAGCCCUCCCUCCCUGGUCUGUGUCGUGUGCUCAGCGGUGUCUCGUGUACACGGAGCCCCUGUUCGGGGUUCCUUCAGAGUCACUCUACUCAAGAAGAUGGCAGCAUUUGCACUUGAUGCAGUUCAUUUACUAACGCCGUAUGAGUUUUUGCUUUUCAUUUUGCGUAGAGUGACACUUCAGCCUGAGUUUGUGUGUGUGCCUUGAGGCAGUUCUGGAAUGCACUUUUAGCUCAAACUAUGAUUGUCUCCUUUGUCUUUUCCUCUUUUGUGGGGAGGGAGGAGGCAACUGCCUGUGGAACAACCCAUGCGGGGCUCUUCACACAAAUGGGCCUGAACGUAGGCGGCGGGAGGGAGCCUCCCUCCCUCCACAGUUACAAGUGAGCACAUUCUGGUGGUGAAUUCAGAAUUGCUCAUGUGAGGAGGUAUCAGUACAUCUUAAAUUCUCUAAUCUCCAGUUCUAUGUGAUGGUGAAGCUGAAAAGUGAGGGAGGGCUCAAAUAAAAUUAAACCAUCUAUCGAUGAGUCAGUCUUACUAGCUGCACACAAAUAAAAAUGAAUUUUUAAGACUCUGAGAACAGAGUAGGAGUGUGCUUUUAUCUUCCCUAAGUGCCUGUCAGUCUCCAGCAUGGCAUCCUCCACUAGCGUUCUUUAUGAAGAAAUGACCGUGGGGGACUGCAGAGCCCUCUUCCCUCCUACAACUCACUGUCCCCUCCCCGCAUCUUUUUGAGUUUGGCAGGACUUGGC